GGCCGGUUCGGGGCGGCCAGCGGGUUAAAUUGCAAUACACAUGGAGGAAAGCAGCUGAGAUUCAAACAGUGAAAUCAGAAAUGGAGAAAGCUUUGAGAGUAUACGGUGGGGUUCUGAGGCUGGUGAGGCGCUUACCCAAGGAAACCAGACCUUAUUACGCGAAGUACGCCCGCGAGAACUUUGUCAAUUACAGAGAAGCCGAAGUUGGCGAUUCUAAAGCCCUCGAUGAGCUCUUUCACAGAGCCUAUAACCAUUCCAUCUGGGUCCUCAACAAGUAUUCAGUGGAUCAAUCCGUUGCAAAUAAUUUGAAGGAUGUCUGUUACAAUUAAAUUCUACAUGCCCACCAACUGUUUGUUGGAAUGUUGAAAAGAAAACUGGUAAUAACUAAAAGAUAUAUACAUUUCUUCUUUUGCUGUUUUAAUAAUUUUGUUAUUGUAUACUUAAUAAUACUUAAUGUAUCCAAUAAAAACGGUUUCAAACCUCUUCUUUCAUUUAAUUUAGCUACAGUGGUUUUGAUUA